AUGUACAGUAUAAUAAGCAGGGUUUUGCAAGGACCUGUGGGUCACAAGAUUUAUACAGAAUUCGAAAUGAGUGGUUUAUGUGAGAGUGAAAAGCAUGGUAUGGAAGGCCACGACUGUGUCAGUCAACCACUGGCCGCUCAAUCACUGGCCGCUCAACUAUUCAAUGGAGACCCCAAUGAAGAUAAACCUUUGAUGAAUAAAUCGCCUUCUCCUAUGUCUAAGGCCAUUACUAUUAUGUUUUUGUGUCUCAGUAUGUUUAGUGUUGGCGCCGGCUAUUCAUUACUCGCGCCUUUCUUCCCCACCAAAGCUAAAUCAAAAGGCAUAUCAGAAUUAUGGAUUGGUCUGAUUGUGGCUCAAUAUCAAAUCGCAGUUAUAUUUGGUUCAUCCAAAAACUGGGCUAUCUUUGGGUUUGUUUGUUGCGGGUAUAGGAAGUUCCUUAAUGAGGCGACAACAGAAAUGUGUUAUGGUUUAGGCAUGAUUGUUGGACCUGCUUUGGGUGGCAUAUUAUAUCAAAUUGGCGACGACUAUCUAAACAUAGGUUUUUGUGUUCCCUUUUGGUCUUUCGGGACAUUUCUGGCGUUUAUAUCGCUCUUAAGUCAGAUUCUUGUACCAAAACGAAGUAUGGAACAGAACUGUGUAAAAACAAUCGGCAUUUUUAAUUUACUGAAAAACUUUGGCUUCACAUUAUGUCUGGCCAAUACUAUUAAUGCCGCACUUCUUAUAGGCUUUAAUGAGGCAACACUUGACUUACAUUUGGCUCAGAUCGAAACGCUAUUGCCGUCUACGAAAGGUCUAAUAUUUCUAUUAAGUGGCUUUACGUACACUAUUGUGAGUCAAGUUUGUGGGUAUUUGGGCGACAAAAUCAAGAAUUGUUACCCAAUGUGUCUGUUUGGAUGCGGGGCAUCCAUAGUGUGCUUCACAUUUAUCGGUCCCCUUCCCUUCAUUCCUAUAGAACCUAUCGCAGGAUUUCCUGAAAAUAUGUCUACUUAUGCAGUAAUGGCGGGCGUCCUGGAAUUGGAGGUUAUAUGUUGGGAGAAUUUGGAUAUCGAUGGUCUACUGUUCCUCUACUUAUAA